AUGGAUACUUUCCAAACAAUCCUGAAAUUCCUAGAGAAGCAGAAAACUGCAAUUGGUUACAGUUUUAUGGCGCUGCUAACCCUGGGAGGCGAGCGCGUAUUUUCUCUUGUUGCUUUCAGAUGUCCCUGCAGCAAUGAAAACUUCAGGUAUGGUUUGGUAUUUCUCUUCGCUCCAGCUUUUGUUUUGCUAGUUUUUGGAUAUUUCCUGAAUAGUAAGGCAUGGAAACUCUUUACGGGCUGCUGGGUAAAUCCCAGAAAAAUAUUCCCGAAAGGGAAUAUUUGCUAUUUCUUUUAUGUCUUUGGAUGUAUCACUUUAAAUGCUCUGGUAGCCCCAAUAAUGUGGCUCUCUGUGGCUUUGCUCAACGGGACUUUCUACGAAUGUGCCAUGAGUGGCUUAAAAAAUCCUGCCUACUUACACACAGUCUGUCACAACAAAUCUACCAAGUGCUUCGAAGAGCUCCACAAGGUUUCCUGUGGCAAAAGCACCAUGCCCUUUCCAGAGAGUGAGGAACUCAGACUAACUCUGCAAGCACAGUCCCAGAUUUUAGGCUGGUGUGUGAUAGUUACCACUGCUCUCCUGUCCCUGCUGACCAUGUGCUGUGCCAGCUGCCAGUCCAAAGUCAGCCACCUCCAGCUGAAGUUCUGGAGGACGUAUGUCGAGAAGGAGAAGGAGCAACUGGAGCAGAUUUUCCAGCUGUAUGCCACCAAGCUGAGUGAGAGAAACCUGCAGAGCUUUUUCCAGAACAGGAGGCCAGAAGCUGUUCCCCUGCCAUCUUUUCAGGCAUGGGAAGACGCGUCCCAGCUCUACUCUUUCAAUAGCAGUGAACAACAUUAUAGCACAAUUCAUAGGCUAGUUGAGCAAGGCCAGAAGGAAAUCAGUGAAGAGAGAGAGACAGAGAUGGACUUUGUAGACAGAAGGGAAAUACCAUAG